AUGGUCGGACGUGUAGCCAGACGACGCGUGCUUCCGAGGGCCGGGGCUAUAUGGCAGACAGGGAGGCCAUGGAAGGGUAACUGUGUGCUAGCUGGCUUAGCUGCUGGUACGGCGGGCGCACGCCAUCAGGGAGGCUUGAGGCACGGAGGAUGGAGUAGGAGGCGAGGCAGGCAGGCGGGCAGGCAGGCAGCGUGUGGGUCGGGGCGCAAAGGGCCCAGGAGCGGGUCUCGUGAAGAGCAAAAAGGGCCAAAGCGCUGGCCCACCGGGCCGUCGACAGUCAGUAUAGGCAGAAGAGGGACACCAAGGGGAGCAGCAGAGAGGGAAAAAGCAGAGGGUGAGGGGGGCCAGCGUCUGGGAGGUGGCGGGCGUGAUUGGCGGCUGGCUGACUUGUUAAGCAAGAAGCAACGGGAUGAGCACAUGCAUGCGGCCUUUGGCUCGGGGGGGAAGAGAAGGCGACGAGGGGGGGGAAGGAUUGCGGAGCGCGUUCCGGACCAUGGGCUUGUCUGGAGGAAGCAGUGCUGGAUAUUGGACAGGGCACGCCAGGGCACGCCAGGGCGGGCUGCGGGGGGUUGCAGACGAGCUGCAGGGUCCAGUAAGGCGGUAGAAGAAGCAAAGAAGCCUUUUGGCAAUAUUCAAGAGGACGAGCUGCGAGUCGGAGAAAGGGAGGGCGGCCCAUGUUCCAUGCUCGCUCUGCACAAAGCAUACAUAUGCAUACUUGGACAGGCGCGGGGAACGGCCCUAGCGAAUGCAGCCUCUGUCGGAUUAGGAUUAUGCACCACGCCCACCGUGCGGGCAACACACCCUCUCUCACCCACAUCCACAGCCCGCCACUCCCUCCACACCCUCCACUCCCUCCACCACGCCCGCACUGCACAUCAACCUCCCCAUCUGGCUGCGUCGCGGAGCCGGGCUGCGGUUUCACCAGCCCUCGCAUCGCCCACGCUGCAGCGGAUCGAUGCACACGCAAAUCAUGGACAUGCCGAGCAUAUGCACCUCCACGUGUUCGCGCAGACUGCCCGGCCCAAGUGGCGCCUUGCACUCGCCCACAGCCGGUCCGCGUCCACCCUCACGCUGCCACACGCGGAAGUGAUUGACACAUGUCAGCGCACCCCAUUCUCCGCUGCCAUCGCUGACACCAUGGUCGAUCGACGCCCGACCGCCCGUCCUUUGUCCCGGGCCACGGGUCGCUGGUCACGGGAGUCGUAUCCAACGGAUCCCAGCCCAUUAUAG